UUCAAAGUCAAAAUGCUGCGUCUCUUGACUCGUCCCAUUCGUCCCAUCCAUCCUACCGCCCUCGCCCCCGCCGCACGCAGAACGAUGGCCUCCAUCCCCGAUUUUAACAAGACGCUCUAUGCCCCACUCGCCGAGGUCGACCCGGAGGUGAAGAAUAUUAUCGACAAGGAGACAUGGAGGCAGUUUUCGGGCCUGGAGCUCAUCGCUUCUGAGAACCUGACGAGUCAAGCCGUCAUGGAGGCUAACGGGUCCAUCCUCACGAACAAGUACUCGGAGGGUCUCCCAAACGCCCGGUACUACGGCGGCAACGAAUGGAUCGACGAGCUCGAGCUGCUCUGCAGGAAGCGUGCGCUCGAGGCGUUCCACCUCGACCCCUCCAAGUGGGGUGUCAACGUCCAGCCAUACUCUGGUAGCGUAUGUGUCCUCUUCGCCGCCCUAACUGCGCUCCUCCAGCCCCAGGACAGGCUCAUGGGUCUCGGGCUUCCGGACGGCGGUCACCUGACGCACGGCUACUACACUGCCAAGAAGAAGAUGACGGCGUCGUCCAUCUACUUCCAGUCGUUCCCGUACGGGUUAGACUCGACGACACAGCUCAUCGACUACAAGCAGCUCGCGUCGCAGGCGAAGAUCUUCAAGCCGCAGCUCGUCAUCUGCGGUGCGUCGGCGUACCCGCGGGACUGGGACUAUGCCGCGCUCCGUGCCGUUGCGGAUGAGCAUGGCGCGUUCCUGAUGGCGGACAUCGCACACACGAGCGGCCUCGUCGCUGCCGGGGAGCUCGCGGAUCCGUUUGAGUACUGUGACGUUGUCACGACCACGACGCACAAGACCCUCCGUGGUCCCCGCGCGGGUCUGAUCUUCUUCAGGAAAGACUCCGAGAAGGCAAAGGACCUCGAGAAGCGCGUGAACGACGCGGUGUUCCCUGCCUGCCAGGGUGGCCCGCACAACAACACCAUUGCUGGUAUUGCCACCGCCCUCAAGCAGGCGUGCUCGCCAACAUGGAAGGCAUACGCCAAGCAGGUCAUCGCAAACGCCAAGACGCUCGGUGACGAGCUCGUCGGAACGGGCACGGACAACCACCUCGUCCUCUGGGACCUGCGGCCACUCGGUCUCACCGGGAGCAAGCUCGAGAAGCUGUGUGACCUCGUUGGGAUCACCAUCAACAAGAACGCGGUCUCGGGCGACGCCUCUGCGCAGACGCCGGGUGGUAUUCGCCUGGGCACGUCGGCGCUCACGUCACGCAACAUGCUCGAGGGCGACAUGAAGGUCGUGGCGGGCUUCCUGCACCGUGCGGUGCAGCUCGCGCUUGUGCUCCAGAAAGAGGCGGGUAGCAAGCUCCUGAAGGACUUUGUGCGCGUCGCGGUUACGGAGGAGGAGGGCAAGGAGGGCGCGAAGGGCGUGAAGGCGCUCCGGAGGGAGGUCCACACGUUCGCGAGGCGGUGGCCGGUGCCUGGCGUGGACGUGAGCACGCUCCAGAGACCGCAGGGCAUCGAGGAGGACGAUUGAGCGGGUGGUGAGUAGUCUUGGGUCCGCGGAUUGUUUCUGGUGUAAAAGGGCGGGACGUUCAACAUGGUCCGGCCUGCGCUGGCGGUUCAACUUCGCCCGGUCGUAGAUGUAUUGUAGAACUAGCCUUCCACAGGUGUAUUCUUAGCGUGCUAUCGAUCCUAGUCGUAAUUGCUUUCGCAG